AUGACUAUUACUGCUGUUAUCUCAAGAACUAAAGUACAAAAGGAUGCAUCUCAACAACAAACACAACAACCAAUGAAUCAAAAUCAAAAUCAACCACCACCAAAUCAACAAAAACAACAUAAAUCUCAACUGAGAAAAAUUGUUUUCAAUAUUUCACAAAAUUUUAAAGUUAUAAAAGUUUUAGGUGAAGGAGCUUAUGGUAUAGUAGCAUUAGCAAUUCAUUUACCAACAAAUACAAAAGUAGCUAUAAAAAAAAUUGAACCAUUUGAAAGAUCAUUAUUUUGUUUACGUACCCUUAGAGAAAUUAAAUUAUUAAAAAAAUUUUCAAAUCAUGAAAAUUUAAUUAAAUUAUAUGAUAUUCAAAAACCAACAAAUUAUCAACAAUUUAAUGAAGUUUAUUUAAUUCAAGAAUAUAUGCCAAGUGAUUUACAUAAUAUUAUUCAAACUCAUAUAUUAAAUGAUCAACAUUUACAAUUUUUUAUAUAUCAAAUUUUAAAAGGUUUAAAAUAUAUUCAUUCAUCAGGUAUUAUUCAUAGAGAUUUAAAACCUUCAAAUAUUUUAAUUAAUGAACAUUGUGAUUUAAAAAUUUGUGAUUUUGGUUUAGCAAGAAUUGAUACAAUAAAAUAUAAUAAUUUAAACACAACAGCUAAUCCAAGCAUUGGUAGUACAAGUCCUGAACAAAAUAAAAUUUCAUUAUUAACUGAAUAUGUUGCUACAAGAUGGUAUAGAGCACCAGAAAUUAUGUUAAAUGCAUCAAAUUAUUCUACAUCAAUAGAUAUUUGGUCAGUUGGUUGUAUAUUAUUUGAAUUAUUAACUUAUAAAGCAAUUUUCCCAGGAUCAGAUUAUAUAAAUCAAUUAAAAUUAAUUUUUGAAAUAAUUGGUACUCCCACAGAAGAAGAUUUAGAAAUAAUAAAAUCAAAAAGAGCUAAAAAUUUUUUAAAAUCAUUACCAAAAAAAUUCAAAGUUAAUUUUUCAGAAUUUUGUUUAAAUCAUCCAAUUCGAAAAAUUAAACAUCGUAAUAUUAGCAACGAGAUAAAUCCAUUAUGUAUUGAUUUAUUAGAAAAAAUGAUGUUAUUUAAUCCUGAAAAGAGGAUUAGUGUUGAUGAUGCUUUAAAACAUCCUUAUUUAUCUAAUUAUCAUGAUCCUUUAGAUGAACCUACUACUAAUUUAAUUCCUUUAAAAGAAUUUGAAUUUGAUAUUGAAAAACAAAAUUUAAAUAUUGAAGAAUUAAAAUUACAAAUAUUUGAAGAAAUUAUGAUGAAUAAGAAAUAA